AUGGGUCAAGAUGACGAGGACGAUGCCCAGAUGCUGCAAGCCAAGCAGCAAAUCACUUUUAAUGUUGUCAAUAAAAGAAAAGAUCAACUGCGACGGUGGCAAAGCAGUGAGAUGAAUCGAGAGGCGGCGCGACGGAUGAAACGGCCGAAAGUUCAAUUUCAGGAUUCGGAUAUAUUUCUGUCAGCAUGUAUGUCCGGUGAUGAGGAAGAAGUUGAGGAGUUACUAUCGAAAGGAGCCGAUAUUAAUACGUGUACUGUCGAUGGUCUGACAGCACUCCAUCAGUCUGUGAUCGAUUCGAAGCCAGAAAUGGUUCGAUUUCUGUGCUCAAAAGGUGCGGACGUGAAUGCCCAAGAUAACGAAGGAUGGACUCCACUCCACGCGGCCGCCUGUUGUGGAAACGUGGCAAUCGUCCGAUAUCUGUGUCAACAUGGAGCAGAUCUAUCAGUGGUUAACAGUGAUAAAGAGUUGGCACUGGAUUUGGCAGUUGAUGAGCAGUGUCGAGAGUAUCUAGAAGAUGAUUAUAGGAGAAAUCGAAUAAAUUUGGAAGAAUGCAGAGAGCAAGAGCUUCAUUUAAUGUUGAAAGAUGUGAAAAUGUGGAUGAGUCAGGGAGAGUAUCGAGAUAUUCCACAUCAUCGAACUGGCGGUACGGCGAUGCACGUGGCGGCGGGUCGUGGCUACACACAACUACUGGAAUUACUAAUCAAAGCGGGUGGAAACGUUCGGUCACAAGACAAAGAGGGAUGGACUCCGUUGCAUGCGGCCGCCCAUUGGGCCGAAAGGGAUGCGUGUAAAAUAUUGUUGGAGAACGGGGCGGAGCUAUCGGAUCUCACUUAUACGGGUAUAGACGUUCUGGGUGUCGCCGACAAGGACUGUGUCGACUAUUUGGUCGAAUUGGCGGACACUGUAAAAUCACAAAAUAAACGGAAAUCACCUGGUGGAUCACUGCCACCAGCCUCCGUUCUACAGGAGAAGAAUCAUCGGACGUCGUCAACGACGACGACGCAUGAGGAACACGUACUGUCGACGGAGAGGAAACGAGAUUUACAGCAUAAAGAUCAGCAUAGUGAAAAUGAAUAUUUGCACUCAAUCCCAUCGACCACUUCAAUCGGAUCGACAGUUUCCACGUCUUCCUCGAAUAAUAUGAAUAAUGUAUCGAACACUUCCACGUCGACGACUACAAUUGUCAUUGAUGACGUCGUCAAGGAUUCUGAAAUCAUCGUCAAGGAUUCAGAAGACGUUGUUGUGGCGGCGGCGUCAGAAGAGGAGGAAGAGAAGGCGGAAGAGCAUGAAGAGGUGACGGCGGUGGAAGAAGAAGAAGACGUCGAAGACGAUGAAGAGGAAGAUGAAGACGUCGAGGAGGAGGAGGAAGAGGAAUCUGAAAUUCUGAAGGAGAAGGGAAGAUCGGCGUCAGAAUCCAGAAGUCUUUCCGUCACGAGAAGUCUGGAUGGGUACACAGACCGUUCGAGUUCUGGCAGAGAAACUUCUGUCGACACGAGUGAAGCCGCCUCAUCAGUCAGUCACACGACGGCCUCAUCCGCCGCUUCUGGAUCCGGAUCCUCUGGAUCGUCGUCACGAUUCACGUCUUCAACUACACCGCUAUCACAGAGAAGUGCAUCGGUUCAACAGGAGACGCCGAGAUCUUCGCUGGAGAACACCUCAUCGAUCGGAAGUGGAGAUCAAACAGUCAGUGCUACAGUACCCAUCGCCCCACUCACUGCUCCACCACCGAAAGCUGUUCAUCAGAGUCCAAGUUCAUGGAUUAAUAGAGGAGUUCCACUGUCGUCAAGAAGCUCGACAUCCUCGGUGACCCGAAGCAGUUCCACUCCCGUCUCUGAAAUCAUCUCGCCACCUGCGUCUCUUCACUCUCAACACUCUUUCCCAUCGUCAAGUCUCACGAAUACAACAUCGACGACAGCUACAGUAACCCCGACGCCUUCAUCCAUUCCAUCGACACCUGUCAAUUCGAAUGUGAUGGCUGCGACCAUCUCGUCAUCUGCCAAGAAUACACCAUCACCUGCUGGAAGUGUCACGAUUAGUGCGACAUUCUCGAAACCGAGCAGCACCAACCACCACAACAACAGUAGAAAUCCAUCAGAAGAGCUCUACCGUAGUCCGUCUCAACCGACAAAUGUCCCAUGGGCCUCACUAUGGCAUAACGUGAAUAACGCGUCGACUGGACACAUUCGUUCUCACAUUGAACAAUUGAGAAACGCGUCGUCGAGUUCUCUUUCCACCUACUAUCCACCACGUGUUAGCGCGUUUCGACCGCCGACGGUCCGACCGUCGGCCUCGUCGGCGUCGGUGAAUUCCACCUCUUCUGCGACGUACCCACAUCCACCUGUCAUUGCGGAGUAUCCACGUGGAUUUGUGCCACAACAAAUUAAUCCGAACAAAAUGAGCCGAUGGCAAUCGAAAACGGUGACGGAAAGCGAGGCGGAGAGACGAAACAACUCUCGAAUGCAACGACAACAUCGUCGUUCGACCCAAGGCGUCACGAAAGAGCAACUCGAGGAGGCGAGCAAAUUUGCGACGGACGAGGUGGCGAGACGCAAUUCACAAGUGUUGAGCACAUAUCCGAAUACGCUGCAAGCGCGUCUCGCAUCCGAAGAAAAAGAUCUCUCAUCGACGAGUGACGAUCCAAAUCAAACGGGUGGUGACGUCACCACAUCCGCUACAGUAUCCCUAGUGAAUUCGCCGAAUUCCACGUCGUCAAGUGUGAGGAGAAAGAGUCAGGGUCUCACGAUUUCGCGUUCAAACCGUCGCGCCACUGGACCCGUCAAUCCGGAAGACUUGGCGCCCGCGAUGAGUCUCCGACUCGCGUCGGCGGCACCCCAGCCGUAUUCGAUUCGUGCGAACACUGGAACGAUGCCGUUGAUCUCGUCGUCGAGAUAUGUGAUGGAGAAGACGGUGGCGGAAAAGGCGCAGUCAUUGCCUCCGGGAGGAAUGACGCAGACGCCGACGGCUACGGCUACGCAAUCGACGACUCAAUCGCUCUCCUCUCGAUCAGCCGUCGUCGCCGGUCUAUCGCCGGCUCCAACAAUGCGAACACCGGGUGCUCCGUUGACAUCAAACACCACGACUUCAUCCAGAUUCAUGCCUUCCUCAUCGUUAUCGUCGAACGGAUCGUCGGUUACGAAUCCACCAGUUUCCGCUUAUGGAUUACAGACACGUCCAACAGAAACGAAUCUAAACUACAAGGCUCUAUUCGAGAAGGAACGUACCGAAUGUGAUCGUCUUCGACGUGAAAUGGAUGAUUUGAGGAGGUCACAGACGAAUGAUACAUGGCGUGGCGCGUCGACACAACCCGCCUGGCGUACCCGCAACGCGUCUCCGUCAGCCCAGCCGCACAAUUUGUCGGUAGCGAAAUCCACAUCUCUGGCAUCUUUCGACGAGAAUGAACGCAGGAGUAUGGAGAGAAAAAUCGCCGAUUUGGAAUUGCAGUUGAAGACGACACAAAACCUUCGAAUGGAGAAUCAACGGCUGAAAGAGGAGAACGGAGCGCUGGUUCGAGUCAUCUCAAAAAUGACAAUUUAG